AUAAACCUUCACGUCACUUUACUCUUCUGGUACAGUGGUAUUGUCCCCAUUUCUGGCAGGUUCAAGUAUCACCUGCUCCAGAGAUGCGUAUUUAGAUUGAUGAGAAAGAUACAUAAAAUUAACAGCGACAACUAGGGAAGACCUCCAUGAGAGGGGCAUUAUGCUUGGCGAAGCAGAGCUCUUUACUGCAGUGAAGACCCAUCUUGCCUUCACCUGCCUCUCAUCGUCUAUGUUGCCUCCUGAGUAUGUGAUUGGCUGGUGUAUAUCACAUGUUACUGUAGCCGGAAGAGAAGCAGCACCGAGAAGGUAAAGUGGCCAUUUUCUGUCCAGCGGCAAUACUUCUACUUUUUUAAAUAAAAAGGAAGGAAAUUAGAGCAGAAUGUCCGAGCUGAGUGAUGAGUCAAGUGAGACAGAGCUUCUGAAUCGCAGCCUGUCCAUGUGGCAUGGCUUUGAGCAGCUAGUUGGCUGUGAGGACCUGGAUGUCCCAUUAGACCUUCACACGGCCUCAUCGAUUGGACAAUAUGAUGUGGUGAAACAAUGCAUCCAGAGUGGAAAAGUAAACCCAAAUCAGAAGAACCGAGGAGGCUGGACACCUUUAAUGUAUGCAUCAUAUAUUGGUCAUGAUACCGUUGUUCAUCUCUUGCUGGAGGCAGGAGUGGAUGUCAACAUGACAACAGAGAAAGGGCAGAGUGCACUGAUGUUGGCAGCGAGCUGUGGCAAUGAGAGCAUUGCCUACUUCUUGCUUCAGCAAGGGGCUGAACUGGAAUUGAAGGAUCACAGAGGCUGGACUGCACUGUUCCACUGCACGAGCACAGGUCACCAGCAAAUGGUGAAGUUUCUUCUGGAUAAUGGUGCUGAUGCAAAUCUGAAAGAGCCUGUGUAUGGAUUUACACCUCUGAUGGAAGCUGCUGCCUCUGGUCAUGAGAUCAUAGUCCAAUACCUCUUGAACCAUGUAUGUGUCUCUCACUUCUCAUCUUGUCUUGUAUUGCACAAAGAGCUUCAAGUUGGGGCAGAUUGGUAGAAGCGUUAGUUGGGUGAACUAACUUUUCUUUUACAUAUCUUUUGAUGUUAGAUAUUGUGAUUGCAUUGUGUGAUUAUUAUCCUUAGCGCAGACCGGAUUCACUUCUGAUUAGUCUGACAAGUGCCGCCAUAAUUAGUGUGGGCAGCUGUUUCCCGAAGAGGACAGGCAGCAGUCAGUCCUGGGCUGUGCUGUAUUAGCUGGCAAUAUGCUGGGCCAUGGGCAAGGUUUUUUGCAUCUUUCUUGUGAGGUGAAUAUCAUAUGUUUAUGUCCAACCAUAAUUGCCAUUGAGAAGGUUAAUUGCUUUUUUCAACUGCUACAGCCCAUCUGGUGUCAGCUACAGUCUCAGGAAAGGUGUUCCAGGGUUUUGACCCAGUAGCAGGAUACUGAGUGACUUGGAGGGGAAAUUGCAGGUGGUGAUGUUCCCAUUCAUUCUAUCUCCUUGUUCUUCUAGUGGUAGUGUGUCUUGCAGAUGUUCUAUACUACUGCCAUAGUGUAUUUAGUGAUGGAGUGAGUGAAUGUUCUAGACAAUAGAUGGGCCGUCGAUCAAGCAAAAUGGUUUGUCCUGGAUUGUGCCAAGAUUUUUGAGUGUUUUUAUAUCCGCACUCAUGCAGGCAUGUGGAAAGAGUGCCAUCUUUCUUCUGACUUGUGCGUUGUAAAUAGAUCUUCGACAAAUUUUGUGGAUAUAGGAGUUGAAUACUGACUGCAGCAUUCUCAAUCUGUGAUAUGUUCAUCUAGCACAGUAUUUAUAUUGCUCAUCCAGUUCAGUUUCUGGUCAUCAGUAACCCCAGAAUGCUGAUAGGUCAUUCUGUGUUGACAAAACCAAUUAUAUUAUAGAUUCUCUUAUUGUGGGGAAAAUCACCAGCCUUGGAGUCAGAGUCGGGGUUCAACGACAGAGUUUAUUGUACAAGGAAAUA